UCCAGAGCGGAAGGUGGCAGCACAUUUUCCAUCGGCUGCUAAGUUAACCCAGUCAGCAACGUUACAGUAACAAGCUAUGAAAGGUUGUUCCAUAGUGACUGGGUGGAGCGCCAACAUGCAGAAUUUGGUGGUGCAGGCACUUGCCAUGAGGCAGCUAGGAAGGUUGAACCCCCGCCACCUGCUGGCUGCUGGAUAUGGACUGAGGCAGACCGAGUGGUGUCCCAGGGCCAUCCACACGCGCCAGCUAUGGGGCUGCUCGGCUUUCCCCGCACUUGGCUGUCACAGGCCUGCGUUCCGUGGCAGAGACUCUGCCAGAGGUUGGCCUGUCCAUCAUCUGAGGUUUAAAAGCAGCAAGAAGAAAGGUGCUGCCAGGACAGUACAGGAGGAAAAGGAGGAAGAUGAGGAUGAAAAAGACCCUGAGGACAGUGAUUAUGAAGAAGAGAACCCAAAUCUACCAAAGGAUUAUAAAGACAUGGAGAAAUAUGUGCAGUCCUUUCGGUAUGAUGUCAUCAUGAAAGCUGGCCUGGACAUGGCACGCAAUAAAAUUGAGGACGCCUUCUAUAACAACAAGCUUAGAGUAAAUGGACAGAGACUCAUCAAGAAAAGUAAAACGGUGAAAGUUGGGGACACCUUGGACCUGGUACUGUCGGAGAACCGAGAAACAAACACUGUUACUGUGAUGAGAGUCGUCCUCCGGAGGGUUUUUGGUGAAUCCAGUAACACAGAAAAGUACAAGGUUGCCAUAAGGCGCUGGAAAUGUAUAGAACUUUCCAAGGAUGAGGUCUUUAAGCCAUGAACUUGAAUCAGACAGUAGUGAUUAUAAGACCAUUGAUCAGUGAAGGCAACGGCACCUGUGUGGCUGAGUGGCAUUUUAAUGGUUUGAAGUUGGAUCUAAAAUGGAUUGCAAAGGUAGAAUGCAAAUGUAAACCGUUAUCAGUGGUUUUAGACAUUAAGCAGUUGGUUGGGAGAACAAUUUUGAAUGUUCAUCUUUCCCCACUAUACUGUGAGACCCCCCCCCCCCCCCCAAUAAACGUGCACUUUGAAGUUUUGAGAUUUGAAAAUCA